AUGGUCAAGUCCUACCUGAAGUUCGAGCAGAUAUCUACAUUCGGCCAGAUCUGUUCAACUGCAUCUAAUUGCAUCUGGGACUCCAAAACCGAAGACGAGGCGACCACCUCUCGGACCAGCGCUGGCAGAGCCUUCGUUGGCGCUAAUGAGGAUGUAUUGGUUUGGGACUUGAAGCGUGGCGAGCUUGAGUCUAGAUGGCACGUUACGGAUAACAGAGCACAAGUUACGGUCAUUGUGAGGAGCCAGAACGAUCCCGACCUCUUCGCAGUCGGAUACGACGACGGCAAGAUUCGCGUCUGGGACAGUCGCACCACUACGAUAUACAUCACCUUCAACGGACACAAAUCCGCCAUUACGCAGUUGACCUUCGACCGGAAGGGUGUACGUCUAGCAAGCGGCGCGAGAGACACGGAUAUCAUUCUUUGGGAUCUGGUAGGUGAGGUGGGUCUGCACAAGUUGAAAGGUCAUAAAGAUCAAAUAACCAGUCUGAACUUCCUGUCUGUGGCACAACCACUGAAAGAUGGCGACGAGGAAACUGUGCUCACUAAUGGCGACGAGGAAGACGAUCAGUAUUUGUUGUCAACCAGCAAGGAUGCUCUUAUAAAGAUAUGGGAUCUGUCCACUCAGCAUUGUAUAGAGACUCACGUUGCACAAACCAACGGUGAGUGCUGGGCUCUGGGACUUUCACCUGAUCACGAUGGAUGUAUAACCGCAGGCAACGAUGGCGAGAUGAGAGCUUGGGUUAUUGAUCAACAGGCAUUAGCUCGCGCUUCAAAAGAGUUCGCAAGUGGUGAAAAAGUCCUCAAGGACAGAGGUACAUUCUACAGAAACGGCAAGGACCGGACGAUAGCUGUGAGAUUUCACCCAAAGCGAGAUCUAAUAGCAUUCCAUGGCUCAGAAAAAGCCAUUGAACUGUGGCGCAUACGCAAUGAAGAUGAAAUAAAAAAAUCAGUCAACAGGAAGAGAAAGAGACGGAAAGAGAAGCUCGCCGACCAAGAGAUGCAGGACGAACCGGAAUUGGAAGACUCUACAGACCUCGACUUGUCCCAGGUCAACAUUACAGAAGUGUUCGUACCUUAUGUUAUCCUGCGAACGGGAGGCCGCGUUAGAAGUAUGGAUUGGGCUGGAGGCAAAUCUAGCAAAUCCUUGUCGAUACUACUCGCGACUACAAACAAUCAGCUCGAGCUGUACGAUGUCGAUGCCAAAGAACGAAAGUCAAAGGAUCGCACCAUCGACUACAACCGCUCUCUCUCGAUCGAUCAGGCGGGUCACAGAUCGGACAUCCGUUGCCUUGCUCUUUCAUCAGAUGAUCGCAUGCUUGCUUCCGCCAGUAGCAAUACCCUCAAAGUAUGGAACGCAAAGACACACUCUUGCCUUCGGACACUUGACUGUGGCUACGCUCUCUGCACGACUUUCCUACCAGGAAACAAGAUCGUCGUCGUUGGGACAAGAGAAGGAAAUCUCGAAAUCUUCGAUAUUGCCGCAUCAUCUCUAAUCGACACCAUACCUGCACAUGAGCGCGACAUUUGGUCAAUGCACCUGUCUCCAGAUGGCCGCACCCUUAUCACUGGUUCAGCUGACAAAUCUGCCAAGUUCUGGGAGCUUCGUGUUGUUCAGGAGGAAGUUCUCGGUACGAAUCGAAAGAAUCCCAAAUUGACGCUUGUACAUACACGCACUCUAAAGACAGCCGACGAUAUUCUGGCUGUGCGGUUUAGCCCCGAUGGAAAGUAUCUAGCUCUCAGCACACUAGACACAACGGUAAAGGUGUUCUUCGUCGACACUCUUAAGCUCUACCUUACACUUUAUGGUCACAAAUUGCCGGUUCUGAACCUUGACAUAUCUUAUGACAGCAAGCUUGUUCUUACUAGCAGCGCCGACAAGACCGUCCGUAUAUGGGGUCUUGACUUCGGUGAUUGUCACAAGACCUUCCUAGCCCACAAUGAUAGCGUCCUUAACUGCCAGUUCAUACCUGACAAUCGUGAUGGAAAUGGUCAUCAUUUCUUCAGUGCGUCCAAGGACAGGACACUCAAGUACUAUGACGGUGACAAAUUCGAACAGAUUCAGAAGCUGGAGGGACACCAUGGAGAAAUCUGGGCAAUGACAGUGGCUCACAAUGGUCAAUUCGUGGUCACUGCAGCUCAUGACAAGAGUAUCAGAAUAUGGGACCAAACCGAUGAGCAGGUGUUCCUUGAAGAAGAACGAGAGAAAGAGCUCGAAGAGAUGUACGAGAACACGUUAUUGACCAGUCUGGAUGACGAUGGUGCCAACGAGAAAGACGCGGAAGGCGUGGAGAGUACUGACCCAAGCAAGCAGAGCGGACAAACUUUAAUCGCAAGCGAAAAGAUUACCGAAGCCCUGACUCUAGGAGUAGAGGACUUGGAAAUAAUGACCGAGCACGCGAAAGCUGUACAGAAUGCGAAGGCCAACGCAACAAAACCGCCAGCACAGCCUCCAAGACACCCCAUAUACUUGGCAAAUGGAAACAUAUCGGCAUCCUCCUAUUUACUCAACAUCCUACAGAAACUGCCACCACAGCAUCUGACAGACGCGCUUCUGCUCUUGUCCUUUUCACAGUUGCCGACAUUAUUGACAUUCUUGACACUUUUCGCAGAAGAGCAGCGGAACAUUCCCCUUGUAUGUCGAAUAUUGAACUUCAUGCUCAAGGUACACAACAAGCAGAUUGUGAGCUCGCGCUUGAUGAGGGUUGAACUGGAAAAUUUGAGAGAGAAACUAAGAGCUGGCAUGGAAAAGAGUAGACGGGAAAUGGGCUUCAAUCUUGCUGGUCUUAGAGUACUUGGUCGGCGGAUGGCGGAUGAGGGUCCUGGUUUUGUGGACGAGAAUGUUGAUGAGGUGCAGGAAAGUAAAGGGAAGAAAAGGACUUUUGUCAGUAUUGCAUAA